AUGCUAAAUUCUCUCUUCGUUAACUGCCAGGAUCAAAAGGAAGCGCUGGCCAUCGAGCGUCGGCGACGGUUCGAAGAGUCACGAAAGCAGCGCAUUUUCAAUGCCCGGCGCCGAGUGAUUGGGGUUGACACGGAUGCCCUCGGUUAUCAAGUGCAGGAAAAGCAAGAGGCAAAGCAAGCGAAGGCCGAGCAAAGUCGUAAGUUGGCAGAAGAAGUACGCCGACAGGAGCACGUUCUGUUACUGAAACAACGUGAACAACGACAAGAGCGUGUGCGCCAGGAAGAUGAACUGAAUCGCUUCCGGGCCACUCACCAGCGACCGGAACAGUCGCGUGAUUUUGAUCUGUUUGAUCCAGACGCGCUUAAGAAAGCAUUGCCAGCCCGCACCGGCGACAACGAUCCACGUUUGAGCGUGUCCGGUGCCCAGCUGUUCGAUGGCGAAGAUCUGCAAGAGCGCCACAGGCGGAAAGUGCAGUGCGAACAGCAACGCUCCUGGUUGGAGCAGCAAAUACGCGAGAAGCGUCAGGCAGAGAUUGAUCGUCGCGCUGCCGAACGUUUUCUGGAAGAGGCACUAAUGGCACGCGAAACUCACCUACAUCAGCUCACUUCACAGGAACGCUACGCACGUGAGAAGAUCCACGAAGCCGUCAACGAGUUCAACCGACGGCUGACCCACGAACAGGAACAGCAGCGCCAGUGCAAGGAUCGCGAAGAGCAGGAGGAUAACUUGGCCGAAAUAUACAACAAUCUGACCAGCGACAUCCUGACGGAAAAUCCGGACGCGGCCAAGAGCAGUUUCGGACCGAACCGGGUAAUCACGGCCCAAUACAAAGGAAUGUCUCCGGAGGAAAUUGACCAGAUACGCCACACGCAGCAACAGCAGCUGGAAGCGCUGGAACGCAAACGGCAGGAGGAAGCCAACACGCGCCAUGCUUGGGAUCAGCUGGCCAUCGAUUUCGAUAAGGCGGUUAUGACGAAGGAAAACGAACUAACCCGCAGACGACACGCAUUAGCCGAACAGAUUCGCCACGAAAAUCGUCUACUUGCACUUGAGCAGCAUCGCAAGAUCGAGCACCUGGACAAAGUGAUCUAUCAAAAUCGCCCGACGCAGGCCUACUUCGAUCAGUUCAACACUUGUACGCGUUAA